AUGGCAGGCAAGAAAGGAGCAGGCGAGAACAGCAAGAAGGCCGCCGGAAACGCUCGUAAAGCGGACGCCGCGGCAUCGAAGAAGGCAGCUGAGGACCAGAAGAAGGCUGCGGAGGAAGAAAAGCAAUGGUCUAAGGGAUCCAAGAGCAAUGCUAAGAAGGAAGACUCCGAAGCCAAGAAAGCCGAGGCUGCCCGCAAGAAGGCCGAGCGCGAUGCCCUACUCGCCGAGGAAGAAGCUUCUCAACCAGCCAAAGCCAAAGGCGCAAACGCCAAGACCGCACAAAAGAAGACUCGCGGCCUCGAUCUUUCACAGUUGGACGAUACUCCUGCAGGCAGGAAGAAGGAAUCUGCUCUCAGCGCUACUGGUAUCGACAACGCCCUAGAUGCCCUGUCUCUGGCUUCGAAGGACACAUCCAAGAUCGACCGACACCCCGAGCGCCGAUUCAAGGCCGCAUAUGCCGCAUUUGAGGAGAGACGCUUGCCAGAGAUUGAGCAGGAAAACCCUGGUCUGCGCCGGAACCAGCGUAUGGAUCUCUGCCGGAAGGAAUUCGAGAAGAGCGAAGAGAACCCAUUCAACCAGGUGCACGCGGCUGUCAAUGCUACCAAGGAAGAGGUUGCCGCGCUUCGGGAAAGCGAGCGCAAGAAGCUCGAAGGCAGACUUGGCGGCAAAUAG